GCCGUGCUGCUCGCCAGAGGGCUGGUGGCACCUGGGGCUGGCACUAUGGUGGCAGCCCCUCGGUGACAAACGUGCCGCCGGUGGCGGAGCCUCGGGGGUGGCACAUUGGUGGCACCCCCUUGGUGACAAAGCUGCCGCCGGUGGCAGAGCCUCGGGAGUGGCACAUUGGUGGCACCCCCUUGGUGACAAAGCUGCCGCCGGUGGCAGAGCCUCGGGAGUGGCACAUUGGUGGCAACCCCUCGGUGACAGAGCUGCCGCCAUCCCCGAUGACAGCACGUCGGGGGUGGCCCGUUGGUGACACGCCCUGGUGACAGCUCCGUCCCCGGUGCCAGCGCUCCGUGGCCAUGCUGCGGUGCCACGUAGUCGCCGUCCACAUUCCCGGGGCCACCGGCUUCGGUCCCGGUGUCCUGCUGUCCGUCUGCUUCCGAGGCGUCCCCAGGAGAACCCAGGUGGUGCCCGAGGAGCGCAGCCUCACCUGGAAUGAGGAGCUGGUGUGGCCACUGGACACGUGUCCCCUGAGUGCCACGGACACGCUGGGCCUGCGUCUGCGGCGCGGGGACUGCCCGCUGCCCCAGGGGGACCUGGGUGCCACCACGGUGUCCUUGGACGAGUUGGUGGCCAACCCCAGCCUGCCGAUGGCCGUCCGGGACAUCCCCCUGCUGGACCACCGGGAACGGCCCACGGGGUGCACCGUCACCCUCCGCUGCUACCACGACCCGCACGGCGCGGCCGGGGACGUCCCUGUCCCCCCCGCGCACGGCCAGGUGGCCCUGGAGCCACCGGCGGUGGCACCCGCGGAGAGGAAAGAGGAUUUCCAGGUCCGGGUGAGGGUCAUCAAGGGCCACCAGCUGCGGGGCAAUGACAUCAAACCCGUGGUGAGGGUGCAGAUCGGGACGCAGAACUUCCGCAGCCGCAGCCGCAGCGGGAACAACCCCUACUUCAACGAGGUGUUUUGCCAGAAUUUCCACCUGACGCCGGAGCAGCUGGUGGCACAGCCCAUCCAGAUCCAGGUGCUCCGUUCACCAAACAUCUGCACCAAAGCCGUCAUUGGCAUCUUCGAGCUCGAUGUCGGCACCGUCUACUCUGCCCCAGGGCGCAGCCUGAGCGGGAAGUGGCUGAGCCUGCAGCACCCGCGGCACCGCGACGGCCGCUCGCAGGGCUUGCUGCAGGUCAGCCUCGCGGUGCGCCGCGCCGGCGAGCGCGCCCAGGAGCAGGAGAUGCCGGCGGGGGACGAGGACGUGGAGGCCAACCUGCUGCGGCCACCACCCUGCGCCACCACGCUGCAGAUCCGCGUGUUCCGCGCCGAGGACCUGCCGCGGGCGGAGCCGGCGCGGCCGUGCCUGGGCGGCACCGCGGGCUCGCUGAAGGUGUCGGUGCGGGUCGGCUUUGCGGGCAGGACGCUCUGCACCCGCGGGGUGCCCGCCGACGCCAGCCCCGAGUGGAACGAGGUUUUGUUCUUCCCCCUGCGGCUGCCCCCCAUCUGUGACGAGAUCCUGCUGGAAAUCCUGCGUGGGCCGUGCCGGAGCAAAGCUGUGGGCAGGGCCACCCUGAGCCUGUCCCAAAUCUCCCGCGACCCCGAGGAGCUCGAGGAGGGGACCCCCGGGUUCUUGCCCUCCUUCGGGCCCAGCUUCCUGCCCUUCUACGGCCCCCGGCCGGACGCUGCCAGGGACUCGGGGCUGGUUUAUCGGGGCCGGCUGCUGCUGGAGCUCUACACCCACACGGGGACCCCGCCCGGGCGCCAACGCGACACCGUCGCCCCCGUGGACGCCGAGCGGGCGCAGAGCCGCCUGCCCCGCUGCCAGCUGGGGCUCUGUGGGGUUUUCUACUCGGCCACCAUGGUGCCAGGCGGCCCCGAGGGGCUGAGCCUCGAGCUGGGCAUCGGCGGCGCCGCGGCCGCCACCGCGCCGGCAGCGCCCGCGUUCGAUGGGAACCUCUACCACCACCUGCCAUGGUUCGGGGACAAACCGGUGGCCGCUGUCACCUCGCAGUGGGAGGACGCCGGGCACCGCUGGGACAGCCUGAACCUCCUGCGAGCCCUGUGCCAGCACCUGGAGGGGAACCUGGCCGAGCUGCGGGGACACCGCGGGGACACCGCGAGGGACAUCAGGACGAAGCUGCUGCGGGAGCUGGAGCAGGACUGCGAGGCCGCCCUGCACUGCCUGGAGGAGCAGCCCACUCUGACCGCCCUGGACCAGCAGCUCCGCAGCUGCCGGCGCCUCCUCCUGCGGCGGCUGCGGCGCGAGGCCGGGGCCGGUGGCCAGCACGGGGACACCCUGGGGACAGCGGCCCAGGGGUGGCUGCGGCGCGCGGCCGCGCUGGCCGUGGAGCCCCAGGCCGGUGUCCCCGACGUGCAGCUGUGGCUGCUGCGGGGCCAGCUCCGGGUGGCCUCGGCCCGUGUCGCCGCCACCGAUGUCCUGCACUCCCCGCGCGGCCCCGGCGCCUGCGGCCGUUUCUGCGGGAGGAUCCUCACCCUGUUCCUGGGCUGCGGGGACAGCCAGGCGCAGGUGCGGGUCCGGCUGUGGCUGGGGCGAGUGGCCGAGAGCGGGGAGCUGGCCCGGCUGCUCGAGGGGAGCCUGCGCUUCUACAGCGAGACGUACGAGAACCAGACACGGCUGCUGGGGAAAUGGGGGCCCCGGAGGCUUUUGGGGCGCGCCGCGUUCUCCGACAGCUCCGGCCGGGCCGCGCCCCCCCCGGAUGAGCUGCGGCCCCCCAAGGGCUGGCGCUGGGACGGCCCCUGGAGCGUGGAGCGGCCGCAGCGGGUGCCAGCACGGGCGGAGGGCGCGGGCAGCGCGGUGCUGCAGGAGCUCUACGAGAACCAGAGGCGCGACUCCAGCGGGGGCUGGACCAGCACGACCAGCACGGACGCCAAGGGAGUGGCGGUGCCACCGAAGGAGGAGGUGGCGUGUCCCCAGGGCUGGCGCGUCACCAGUGACUGGCACGUGGACAUGGAGGGGGCCGAGGAUGAGGACGGUUGGCAGUACGGGGUGGGCACGGAGGAUGGCAGCCCCCCGGCAGCGUGGCACGGCAAGGGACAGCAGUGCCACACCCUCCGGCGGCGGCGCUGGGUCCGGGUCUGCCACAGGGACAGCGACAGCUGGGCACAGGAGCAGGACACGGACACCCGCAGCACCCUGGACCCCGAGGAGCUGUGGGAGGACGAGGCCUGGCAGCCCGAGUGCUUCUGGGGCUGCACCUUCCAGCCCAAGGUCCCGGCCGGUCCCUGGUGCCGCCGGCGGCGCUGGCAGCGCAGCCUGGUGCCCGCCGAGCCCGUGGCCGUGGCACCGCUCUUCCUGCUCCAGGGAGUCCCGGACGCUGAGGAGCCAGCCCAGGACAAUCCAUCUGUGGCCCCGCAGCUGCCGGGGGGCUCCUCCCUGACACCCCUUCAGCAGCCGCCCCCCUUCAUCCUCUGCACCUUCCAACGGCCCGGCCGCUUCCAGCUCCGCUGUUACAUCUUCCAGGCGCUGGAUCUGGCGCCUGGCAGCGCCAGGACCUCCAUAGAUGCCACCGCGCACGUGUCGUUCGUGUCGCUGAGCCAGCGCACGCGGGCGGUGCGCGGGGCGCUGGACCCGCGCUGGGAGCAGACGCUGCUGUUCCCCCGGGUGCCGCUGUUCGGGGACCCCCGAGGCGUCCGGGAGGACCCCCCCGCUGUGGUGGUGGAGGUGUGCGACCAGCGGGGACAGGGCGCCGCGGUGUUCCUGGGCCGGUGCGUGUGCUCCCCGCGGGUCUGGCUGGACGCGGCGCUCCGGGAGCCGCCCCGGCUCCAGCCCCACCCGCUGCGGGGGCCGCGGGGCCCGGCCGGAGAGCUGCUGGCGGCCUUCGAGCUCCUGCAGGAGCCCGAGGACGGGUCUCCGGCUCCGCUCAGCCCCCCGCCCCUGAGGAAGGACGGGUUCGGCAUCCCCCCGGAGCUGCGGCCGCGCCUGCAGAGGGUGGCACUGGAGGUGCUGGCCUGGGGGCUGCGGGGGCUGCGCGGGGCCGUGCGGGAGCCGCGGCUGGAGCUGCAGUGGGGGGAGCAGAGCCUGUGGACCCCCCCGAUCCAGGACAUGGCCACCGACCCCAACUUUCCCAGCAACGUCUUCGUGCUCACCCUGGCGCUGCCCGAGGAGGAGCGGUUCGUGCCGCCCAUCCGCCUGCGGCUCUGGGACCGCGCGGACACCAAGCGGCGGCUGCUGCUGGGCCAGGCCAGCGUCGGGGACCUGGGGCGGUACCGCUGCCACCCGCCCCGCCAGGAGCAGCUCCUGGGCUCCGGCAGGUCCGGCAGCGGCUCUCACACGGUUGUGUCAAUGCCAGACGAGCUCCUUUCCGUGCCCGUCUCCUCCAGCCCCUGCAGGCGCUGGUGUUCCUUGUUCCUGGCCACAGCCCCGGCCAGGAUGGCUCAGGACCUGCUCGGCUACCUCAGGAACAAACGGGCUGAGGACGAGGACGAGGAAGACGAGGAGGAGGAGGAGGAGGAGGAGGAGGAGAGGGACUGGUGGAGCAAAUUCUACGCCUCCAUGGAGGACAAGGACCCCAAAUCUCCGAGGGGAACCAACGGGGACAGACUGAAGAUCUACGGCUGCGAGCUGGAGGCGGUGCCCGAGUUCGAGGGGCUGCAGGAUUUCUGCCAGACCUUCCCCCUCUCCAAACCGGGCCGUGCCCCCGUGCCAGGCCAGCACCCCGAGCCCGUGGGCAGCUUCAAGGGGCUUUUCCGCAUCUACCCCGUGCCCGAGGAGGCCGGAGCGGCCCCCGCGCCGCGCUGCUUCCAGCGGCUGCCGCCCCGCCAGCCGCAGCCGUGCCUAGUGCGCGUCUACGUCGUGCGAGCCUUCGACCUGUCCCCCCGCGAUGUCACCGGGCUGAGCGAUCCCUACGUGCGGGUGGCGCUGGGCAAGAAGACGCUGGGACGGCGGGACCAGUACGUGCCCAACACCUUGGAGCCCGUCUUUGGCAGGAUGUUCGAGCUGACGGCCACCAUCCCCCUGGAGAAGGACCUGCGGGUGACAAUCAUGGACCACGACAAGGUGCCACCGGACCAGGAGAUCGGCAGCACCACCAUCGACCUGGAGGACCGGCUGCUGUCCCACCGCCGUGCCCACUGCGGGCUGCCCACCCUGUACCACGCGUGCGUGCCCCCGGCGCGGGCCCCUCGUGCUGGCGGGACCAGCUGUGCCCCAGCCGGGCCCUGGAGCUCCUGGCGGGCGCCCGGGGGCUGCCCGGGCCCCGCUUCAGCCGCGGGGGGCACCGCCCUGAGCCUGAGCGGGCAGCGCUUCGAGCUGCGCCACUUCGAGCGAGGCCACCCCCCGCCGCGACACCCCGGGGCCCCCCGGGAGCGCCUGGCCCUGCACGUGCUGAACCUGUGCGAGCUCGUCCCGGAGCACCUGGAGACCCGCGGGCUGCAGAGCCGUGCCCGGCCCGGGCUGGAGCAGGGCAAGGUGCAGAUGUGGGUGGACAUUUUCCCCACCAGCCUCGGCCCCCCCGGGCCCCCCGUGAACAUCGACCCCCGCAAGGCCGAGGGGUACGAGCUGCGCUGCGUGGUGUGGAACGUGCGGGACACGGACCUUGGGGACAUCAACCUGCUGGGCCAGCGCAUGAGUGACAUCUACGUCACCGGGUGGCUGGACGGGCUCCCCGAGCAGAGGCAGCACACCGACAUCCACUAUCGCUCCCUGGACGGCAACGGCGCCUUCAACUGGCGCUUCGUGUUCCCCUUCGAGUUCCUGGCAGCAGAGAAGCUCUGCGCCAUCCGCCGCAAGGAGCACGUGUGGAGCCUGGAUGAGACACUGCUGAAGGUGCCGCCCAAACUCAUCCUGCAGGUGUGGGACAAUGACAAGUUCAAGGCGGACGAUCUGCUGGGGAUCCUGGAGCUGGAGCUGACGCGGCUGCCCCGCCCGGCCAGCAGCGCCCGCCUGUGCCGGGCCUCGCCGCAGGACCUGUCCCGGCUCUCCCGGGCCUGGCUCUCCCUGGCCCAGCUCUCCCGGCGCUGGUGCCGCGCCCCGGCGCUGCAGCGCUCGCCCCUGAACCUGUUCCGCAGGAGGAGGGCGCGGGGCUGGUGGCCCUGCACCAUGCAGGACGAGGGCGGCCAGCGGCUCUCGGGGAAGCUGGAGCUCAGCCUGGAGCUGCUGACGGCGCGCGAGGCCGAGCAGCGCCCGGUGGGGAAGGCUCGGGAGGAGCCCAACAAGCACCCGACGCUGCCCGAGCCCAGGCGCCCCAAGUCCUCGUUCCUGUGGCUGCGCUCGCCGCUGAGCCUCGUCCGCCAUGGCGUCCGCUGGCGCUACCUGCUGUGGGUUGGCGUGGGGCUGGCAGUGUUCCUGCUGCUCGUGCUGCUCCGUUCCUUCUUCCCGGGCUCCCUGGCGGUGACGGUGGCCGAACCCCGCCAGCGGCCGGACACGAAGCGUCCCCCGGGCGGGACGGGGACGGAACGCUGAGGAGCCGCUGAGCUCCCCGAUUUCCCGGCUCUGAACAUCCCCCCUUCCCUUUCUGGAUGUCCUCGGUGGCUUCUCCAGCCCGCAGGGGGUUGCUCCGCUCCGGAGCCGCUGUGCCGGCAGGAACGUGUUCUCUCCUCAACAAAAGCCAUGUCCGAGCAGCACCGGAGCAUCGUCCCCGUUUCUGGCAGCGCGGGAGGGACACAGACACCCUAACCCCCCAGCCCCGAUCCCAAUCAGCCCUACUUUAGCUCCAGCUCCCAAAUUCGGCCCCAAUUCCUGCUCUAAACCCCAGACCGUCAUCAGCUGCCGCCCCAGCGCCAGCCCUGGUGCCACUGCCUCCCCCAGCCCCACACCGAGACCCCCUCGGACCCAAUCCCACCCAAACUCACCCCAAAUCCUGGCGUGGCCGCUGC